AUGUCGCACCAAACUCAAACUUCUGAUCCAUCUUGGCCGCCCGGAACGGUUCAGCUUGAAGACCUUCCACAGGACGGUCAAACAACUGAUAUUAUCUUGCAACCCACACCUAGCCAUGAUCCUAACGACCCCCUGAACUGGCCGACAUGGCGCAAACAUUUAAAUUUUGGCUUAGUCUCCUACUAUGUCAUAAUGGUUUUCGCAAUAAUCGACGUGGCAACUGUGACCUGGGGUCCGUUAAAUGCGGAACUGGGCUUCAGCUUUGAACUGUUGAAUGAUAGUUACGCUGCAGGCUGCGGAUCCCUUUGUAUCGGCGGUGUGAUUCUGAUACCCUUCGCUCUCAAAUACGGUCGCCGACCUGUCUAUGUUUUCAGUACUAUCGCUCAAUGUGCCUUCUGCGUUUGGCAAGCCAGAAUGCAGACUGUUGCUGAUCUCAUGUCGGCGAACAUACUGAGCUCUAUGGUUGGAGCUCUCGCAGAAGUACUCGUGCAAAUGACGGUGGCCGAUGUCUACUUUGUUCAUCAGCGUGGACUCAUGAACAGCAUUUAUGUUUGGUUUAUGACGGUCGGAGCUACACUAUCUCCCCUGGCGGGCGGGUAUAUUGUUAUCUCGCAAGGCUGGCGCUGGGUUUGGUGGUGGAUGGUCAUUCUGAUGGGGGCCGGUCUUGUUGCUUUCGUCUUUCUCUAUGAGGAAACGAAGUUCUCUCCGACCCUCGAGGGUGUUGUACCCGUUGUUGCUGCCGCUCAAAUAAACGCAUCCGCGAAAGGUAGAGACAAGAAGUCUCCGACUGACCCAGAAGUAGAAGCCAAUGUAGCACAUAAAGACGGAGAGACUCAGAGAUCCCACGCUACCCACUGGAUCGACCAUUCAAUUCCCGUGAAGCCUUACUGGAAAAAGCUAGCUUUAUGGUCGACAUCCCCGGGGUCAUUUGCCAGCAUGGCCCGACACAGCGUCGAACCUUUCAUUCUUCUAUUUACCAUUCCAGCCAUUUUCUUCAUGUCCGUCGUUUACGGAGCCAUGACUGCCGCCGUAACGGUCUCCGUGACUACUCUCUCUUCGUACAUGACUUUACCACCUUACAAUUUCAACGCCUCACAGAUCGGCCUUAUGGGACUACCUCCGUUCAUUGGUACAAGCAUAGCAGUUUUGAUAUCCGGACGGCUCAGCGAUUCGCUGGUUCUAUAUCUCGCAAAAAGGAACCGGGGCGUCUUCGAGCCGGAGAUGAGACUCUGGAUUGCAGUUGCUUUCAUACCCUUCGUGCCAGCCGGUCUUUUCAUGUUCGGCAUUGGACUCAACAACGGAUCCCCUUGGCCGCUGGUGGCCGUUGGAUUGGGUAUCGCUAUAUUCGGAACUAUUCCGGCUAAUAGUGUUGCUUUGACGUAUCUUACAGAUGCAUAUACGGAUGUAAUCGCCGACUCCCUCGUCGGCGUGACCUUUAUCCGCAACCUCAUCUCGACGGUUUUUGUCUUCGCUUUGUCCCCGUGGAUUGAGAGUGUCGGGUUGACUGGCUUUUACAUAACCUUUGGGCUUAUCCUUACUGUAAUUCUAUUGGGAAAUCUAGUCUUCAUAUACUUUGGGAAGAAGUUCCGGGUUAUGACGGCAAAGAGAUAUCGAUACUAUGCCCAACGCCAGAUGGAUCUGAGGAACUAA